AAAAGUCUCCAUGGGCGCGAGAGAGGGCCGAUGAUGUCGGCUGCGGUUGACGGAGCUCCUCCCCCACAACGUCGAAAACUCUUAUGACAGCAUUGCGGGAAGGCUUCUAGCGAACGCCGACAUGCUCCAGUCCACCUAACAUGGACGACUUUCCAUGGGAACAGGUGAAAUCAGGAGACCUGGAGAGCCUGCGAGACGCUCUCUUUUCGAGCUCGACUACUCGCAGAACUCGUGCUCUCCAGGAGCUCCGCGAUAGAAUUGGCUCUGAAAUACCACAAGAAAUCCGUCAGUCUCUUAUAGGACUCCUUUUUACAACCUAUCCGCUCUACGUCGAUCGCCCUUCUCGGCAAGCCGUCCAGCAAUGUCUGCGUACGAUCCUCAAGGCGCCCCUUCCGACCGAAGAUUUGAAAUACCUCACCCAGAAUCUGCUCGCAGAGGCUUCUAAACCCGGAUUGGCUCCAUCUUCUGCGUUUGUCCUGCUGGAAUGGUGCUCCCUUCUGCUGCAGAUAUUGAAAAAUGACCCAGACACCCCUCUCUCGAUCGUCCUGGACAUUGUCGCUGUGGAUGCAAAGGCUCUCGAAACCUGUCUUGCCGCUCGUCCCAGACCUACAGUGAAACAGUCUGCCCUUACUGUUACGAGACGGGCUCUGCGCGCCGUUUUCUCGUCAGACAAUUGGGGCGAAGAUGCUGUCCGCCAGUCAGUCGCUCGGUUGACUGGUGACUCGGCGGCGGGGCAGAAGAAUGCGCCCUUCCUCGGUGUCAUUUCUGGUGUAUGUGCCCGCCUACCGAACAGCAAGGCUGUCCUGGAGAAAGAGAAGAAAUUGAUUCUCGCAUACUACGUCAAAGAAUUGAUCGGCUCAAAAGCUGCAGUGCCAAACCACAUCGCAAGUGGCUUGUCUGACUUCUUCGCCUCUUUUAUUACCUAUGAGGACUUCACAUCGGAGCUAGUACCUCCUCUUGAGAAAUCGCUCUUGCGUGCUCCGGAGGUGGUAUUGGGUGGAUUGGUGCCUUCACUAUGCUCUUCUCUACCCGUGGACUUUGACCUGUCCGAGAUUCUGUUCUCUCGGCUCCUGAAGCACCUUCUCUCCAGCAUGAAAUCAAACAAUGCGACUAUUAGGCAAGGUGCUGUGCAUUCUCUUGAGUCCAUUCUCUCAAAGUCUAAAAAUGAGGAUUGGCUUACCCAGAAGAUCACUAGCCCGGAGCAUCGUGCUGUGUAUGCUCAAGCGGUCUGCGCUAUCCUACCUAGUGAGAAUGUCUCCAAAGACAUAGUGCAAGGGUUUGCUCCUGUCUUCUCGCGGGAAUCUAACGAAGUAGCAUUGGAACAAGAAAUCAAGGCCCUCUGCAAGCACCUCACUUUCCUCCUUCAAUCCAAGGUGAAAGUUAGUGACGAUGUCAUCAAUGCCGUCGUCAAAGGAAUUGCAGAUAAGCGUAUCCCGUUUAGGAAGCUUUGGCAACUGAUUGUUGGAGACGUCUUCUGGCGUAUUGAAGCACCAACACUGGCAACCUCCGAGGUUGGACCAUUUGUCACCAAGUUCCUCGACAAGAUGAAGGAUUUGUUCAAGGAGGUAACUUCAAAUCCUCUACCUUCAGCUCAGAAUGGCUCUUUAUCCGCAGCAUUUGUAUACCUUGCCCUCUACGAAAGGGUAUCUACAGCCCAGGGCUUAGAUAAGGCGGACUGGGAAACCACUGUGGCACAGUCGAUGCUCCUCAGCCCAAAACCUUCUUUUCUCCUGAACCCUAAGGCUUAUACCAAAUUGACGUCUCCUGCAGAGAUCCAGUGGAUGGUUCGCGCCCUUGUGGCUGUCUCGUCUGGAUCCAAGUUCGAGAGCACCGAAGAUGCAGCCAAGGUUGCAUGGGCUCAGGCAUUCAUUUACGCUGUCACGGCUCCCGGACUUCGCGCGAAUUUGCGUGAGGAAGCUGCUCACGCGCUUAUGGGAAUUUAUCUGCGAAGGUCGGAACUGAUGGGUCGGGUGGUCACUGAAGCUCUGUGGACGUGGAUUCUCGCCUUGAGAACGGCGGAGAAAGAGUCUGCUGCAUUGUCUGCAGGACCGGCGAGCGAGAAGCUCCUUCACCUCGUCGCGAAGGCCAUCUGUCCUUCUGCCGCCGAUAUACAGUCCGAUAAGAUUCGAUCUGAUCUGAAGCAUCAACUCGUUCAGCUUCUUGUACUUUGCAGGCCAGAACUGAUUCCCAGUAUUUCAUGGAUCGCACUGUGCUUAAGGACUGGCACAGAUCCUGGUGUUCUUGUUCGUGAAUAUCCGGAUGAUUUUAUGAAGCAAUUGACGCAGGUGCAUGAGGACCCCAUCCAAUCGAAAGUCCCUGGGAUUGAUGCAGCUAUCUGGAAUGCUGCAGGGGACCUGGCAUUUGUCGCACGAGACACUAUGGUCCCUCGCCUGAUUCGGCAGAUCAGAGACGAUUUGGAUGCAUCGCGUCUUUCUAGGUUCACACCAACCGAUGCAGCCAUUGCCCGCACCCCAGAGGGGACCAUGUUCGUUGAUGUCCUCAACACCAAGUCGAAGCAGCCAACAUUCGACAAGAACACCAAAGACUACGACACCCUCAAAUGGGAAGAAGAGCUGCGGGCGCAAUUAGCUCAGAAGAAAGGUCAAACGCAGAAGAAGCUUAGCGCGGAUGAACAAGCGAAGGUCAAAGCUCAACUUGCCAAGGAAUCUAAGAUCCGUGAGGAGGUCCUACAGGAAGUGAAGAGAGUCGAAAGAGGCGCCGGCAUUAUUCAGGGGCUUGCGAGCGGGCCCGCCGUUGAUGCUGAUGGAUGGAUCAACCCGGCUGUAAGCUCGUUGCUGUCUCUGGCCCGAGCUGGCGUGGGCUUGUUCGCGGGUGACGUCGUUUCCAAAGCGUACGUAAAAUGCGCUGAGAAAGUCUCCUCGCGCCUAGGUCCUCUUCGCCCCUUCGUUGGUGUUGCGACACUACGAGCAAUUGGCAGGUCCCAUCUGCCGCCUGAGAUGGAAGCCGAGCCACUCGGUGGGCUUGUUACAAGAAUUCUUUAUCGCCUUCGUUUUGCUUCUGAGCAGCGCCCAUUCGACAUGACGUCCUUGGCAUAUAUACUUCCCUUGAUAUUCAUGGUUCUGAGCCGCAAUGGCAUCGAAGAAGUCAAAGGGGAAGAAGAAGGAGAGCAGUUGCUUCUGGCGCUGGAGUUCGUGUCAUUCCACUCCGGCUCAUUCACUGACAACCGUCUUCCACGCGUUGAGGUCCUGAAUCACCUGCUUACUGCCAUGCAGAAGUUUACCCAGCACUACAAGUUGAUCAAGGAUACUCUCUUUGAUUUCUGUAGAUGCAUUUCGUCCAACAUCACCAAUGAGGAGCUUAAUGUUCUCCUACAAGGCACCAUCAUUCCAGAUACAUCCGUCCGAACCUCGGUCCUCCAGGCUAUUGAGUCUGAAAUUGAUCUGACUGAUCUCGACUUUUCCGAGCACAUCUGGUUGGGCUGUCACGAUCAGGUGGAGGAGAACGCGGAAAUUGCUGAAAAUAUCUGGGAAGAAAAUGCCUUGGAGGUCGACGAGACUUCCUACGGGAAAAUCAUUCCAUACCUCUCUUCCAAGGACUCCCAACUCCGAGGCGCUGCUGCCCGCGCGUUGGGCCAUGCAGUGGAGCUCAAUCCGUCGGUUUUCGGGGCCAUUGUCCAGCAAUUGCAGUCGAUGUAUGAGGAGGAAGUGAAGCCCAAACAGCCCGCGAAGGACAAGUACGGAAUGCCGCUCAAGGUGGAUACGACUGACCACUGGGAAUGCCGCAGUGGCAUUGCGCUCGCUUUUGGUGCGAUGACAAAUAGUUUCGAAGGCGAUCAGAUUGUUUCGUUCCUUCGGUUCCUGAUUGAAAGAGGCCCCUUGAUCGACAGAAACUCUGUGGUGAGAUCCCAAAUGGCUGACAGCGGUAGAUCCGUCGUCGCGUCGCGCGGCCAGCAGCGGGUUGAGGAGUUGAUGGAAAUACUGGAAACCACUCUGGAAACUUCAGACAAAGGAAGCGAGACAUCCGAUCUUCUCAAUGAAGCAGUGGUUGUUCUCUACGGUUCUCUGGCUCAGCAUCUCAAGUCGGACGAUCCGCGGUUGCAAACAGUGAUCAAGCGACUUCUGGCGACACUCCCGACUCCGUCGGAAUCUGUACAAUCCGCCGUCUCGGGAUGCCUUCCGCCACUCAUUCGUCUCUGCGGGCCAAAGAGUGGAGAGUAUGUACAAGUGAUGCUGGAUCAACUGUUGCAGACCAAGAAUUAUGCUACCCAGCGUGGCGCAGCUUACGGUCUGGCUGGUAUUGUUCGUGGAAGGGGCAUCUUCACUCUGCGGGAGUACCAGGUCAUGUCUCACCUGAAGGACGCCACUGAGAAUAAGAAAGAGGCACAUCAGCGACUGGGUGCUCUGUUAGCAUUCGAACUCUUCGCCACCAUCCUCGGGCGCACAUUUGAACCAUAUGUCAUUCAGAUCGUGCCGCAGCUCCUUGCCGGCUUUGGUGACCCUAGCAUCGACGUUCGCGAUGCUUGCCUCGACGCAGCAAAGGCUUGCUUCUCCAAUCUCAGCUCCUACGGUGUGAAGAAGAUUCUCCCUACUCUCCUCGAUGGUCUUGACGACACGCAAUGGCGCAGUCAAAAGGGAGCCUGUGAUCUCCUUGGAGCAAUGGCUUAUCUCGACCCCCAGCAACUGGCAGCAAGCUUGCCCGACAUCAUCCCUCCACUUACCGUGGUGCUUAAUGAUACUCACAAGGAGGUGCGCAACGCCGCAAAUCGCAGUCUGCAGCGAUUCGGUGAGGUCAUCAGCAACCCGGAAGUGAAGGGCUUGGUCAAUGUCCUUCUCAAGGCCCUGAGUGAUCCGACCAAAUACACAGAUGAGGCUCUGGAUGCACUUAUCAAGGUCUCUUUCGUUCAUUAUUUGGAUGCUCCCUCUUUGGCGCUUGUUGUCCGUAUCCUUGAGCGCGGUCUUGGCGACAGAUCAAAUACCAAGAGGAAGUCCGCACAGAUCAUUGGCAGCUUGGCUCACCUUACGGAGCGGAAGGAUCUUAUCUCUCACCUGCCCAUUAUCGUUUCUGGAUUGCAGUUGGCCAUUGUCGAUCCAGUGCCUACUACUCGUGCCACCGCCUCCAAAGCUCUUGGCUCACUUAUUGAGAAGCUUGGAGAGGAUGCACUGCCCGAUCUCAUUCCCAACCUCAUGUCUACGCUCAAGUCGGAUACUGGCGCCGGCGAUCGUUUGGGAUCCGCACAGGCUCUUGCGGAGGUUCUGGCGGGUCUGGGAACGACAAGACUGGAGGAGACACUGCCAACAAUCUUGCAGAAUGUCUCAAGCUCCAAGCCAGCUGUUCGGGAAGGCUUUAUGACGCUCUUUAUUUUCCUGCCUGCCUGCUUUGGAAACAGUUUUGCGCCAUAUCUUAGCAAGAUCAUUCCUCCCAUUCUCGCAGGAUUGGCAGAUGACGUCGACUCCAUUCGGGAGACGUCUCUCAAGGCUGGUCGCCUGCUGGUCAAGAACUUCUCUUCCAAGGCUAUCGACUUGCUUCUUCCUGAACUUGAACGCGGUCUUGCGGACGAUAGCUACCGUAUCAGAUUGAGCUCUGUUGAACUGGUGGGUGACCUGCUCUUCAGCCUCACCGGUAUCACAGCCAAGGCAGAUGCGGAAGAGGAAGAGGAAGAGGCUGCUCAAGCCGGACAGUCGUUGCUCGAGGUUCUCGGCGAGGAGAGGAGAAACAAGGUCUUGUCCGCUCUGUUCAUUUGUCGCUGCGAUACUUCUGGUCUUGUCAAGAGCGCAGCGAUGGCUGUUUGGAAGUCGCUUGUCGCUUCACCCAGAACGCUCAAGGAGAUGGUGCCUACUUUGUCGCAGUUUAUCAUUCGGCGUCUUGGUUCAUCAAACAUGGAGCACAAGGUUAUCGCCAGCAAUGCUCUUGGAGACCUUAUCAAGAAGGCUGGCGAGUCUGUGCUCGCUACUUUGCUGCCAUCUCUCGAGGAAGGCCUCCGUACGUCACCCGAUGUGGAUGUCAAGCAAGGUAUCUGCAUUGCCCUGAGAGAGCUCAUUACCUCUGCGUCUCCUGAAGCCCUGGAGGACUACGAAAAGAUCCUCAUCUCGACCGUUCGGGUUGCCCUUGUCGAUAGCGACGAAGAUGUCCGUGAAGCGGCAGCAGAAGCUUUCGAUGCACUGCAGCAGAUUCUGGGCAAGAAGGCUGUUGACCAGGUCUUGCCCCAUCUCCUGAUGCUUUUGAGAAACAACGAGGAUGCUGAGCAAGCGCUGUCAGCACUACUGACGCUCCUUACCGAGCAAACAAGGGCUAACAUCAUUUUACCCAACCUGAUCCCGACGCUGAUCACUUCACCCAUCUCCGCCUUCAAUGCUAGGGCCAUCGCUUCCUUGGCUGAGGUAGCAGGUUCGGCCUUGACGCGCAGAUUGCCCGCGAUUCUCAACUCCUUGAUGGACAACAUCCUUUCCACUACGGACGAGGAGCAUCGGGAAGAACUGAACAGCGCCUUCGAUGCCGUCUUGGUAUCUGUGGACGAGUUCGAUGGUCUGAAUGUCAUGAUGAACGUCAUGAUGACUCUUCUGAAACACGAUGACCACAGACGCCGCGCCAGCGCUGCGCUCCAUCUUAACAAGUUCUUCUCUGAAGCCGAGAUUGACUACUCCAGGUACUACCAGGAUCUGAUUCGUGUCCUGCUCAUUUCCUUCGACGACAGCGAUAAGGAAGUUGUCAAGGCAGCUUGGACAGCACUCAGUGGGCUCACGUCUCACAUGCGCAAAGAGGAAAUGGAGGUCCUCACUAUUCCAACACGCCAGGUCCUACGACAAGUGGGUGUGCCUGGAGCCGAUCUGCCAGGUUUCAGCUUGCCGAAGGGUAUCACUGCCAUUCUGCCAAUCUUCUUGCAGGGUCUUCUCAACGGCAAUGUGGAACAGCGUACGCAAGCAGCUCUGGCCAUUGGCGAUAUCAUCGACCGUACCAAUGCAAACUCCCUAAAGCUUUUCGUUACUCAAAUCACUGGUCCUUUGAUCAGAGUGGUUUCUGAACGUUCAGUGGAUAUCAAAUGUGCCAUCUUCUUCACACUUAACAAGCUUCUUGAGAAGAUCCCGAUGGCAGUCAAGCCAUUCCUGCCACAACUGCAACGUACGUUUGCGCGAGGUCUAGCCGAUUCUACCAGCGAGACACUGCGCAACAGGGCUGCCAAGGGUCUUGGAAUCUUGAUUACCUUGACCCCAAGGGUGGAUCCUCUCAUUGCAGAAUUGAUUACGGGUACAAAGACAGAUGAUAUGGGCGUCAAGAAUGCGAUGAUGAAGGCGUUACAAGAAGUCGUCGGCAAAGCUGGCGCGAAUAUGAGCGAGGCUUCGAAGAAUGCUAUACUUGCACUCAUUGACGAUGAUGCCAGCGAUCAGACUGAUGGUGUUGCUAUUACGAAUGCCAAAUUGCUUGGUGCGCUGGUGAAGGUCCUUCCCGCGUCUACCGCCAGCCCACUGAUCAAGAACCGUGUGCUCACAAGCCAUAUGACACACGCAUCCAUUCUAGGCCUGAACGCCUUGCUGGUUGACUCACCGUCGUCUCUGACUGAGAAUUACGCUGCCGAGACUCAAUCGAUCAUUUGUCAGGGCGUCUCAAACAAGGAUCCUUUCAUUGCCGAGAACAGCGUCCUCGCUGCCGGAAAGUUCCUUUUGAUCGAGGAUGAGAGUCGCAAUUUCGAGACAAACAAGGCCAUCUUUGAAGCACUAGCGCCCUGCAUACAGGCGGGCGUUCCUCCCGAUGUUCGCCGUCUCACUUUGGUGGUCUUGCGAACGGUGAGCCGACUUCACCCCGAACUGACCCGGCCUCAUCUGGCUCUGCUUGCACCACCGAUCUUCAGCUGCGUUCGUGAUGUGAUUAUUCCCGUCAAGCUCGCUGCUGAAGCUGCGUUCCUGUCACUCUUCUCGGUUGAGGAAUCUGAAAGUGCUGUUUUCGACAAGUAUAUGGCUGGACCCGGGGCUGAACUUCCCCCUGGACCUAAGCGGAGCAUGUCAGACUACUUCAAGCGAGUUGCGCUACGUCUCGCCAGCCAGGCUAGAGAACGGAAGGAGGCCGAAGGUGGACAGGGAGGACUGGGUCUAUCCAAUGACGAAGCUGAGGAUGAGAAGGAAUUGUGGAGCGUCGGAAAGGUCGAUCUUGGGGAAGGCGCAUUCGCCGAUGAGUAGUUGAGCGCGGUUUACAUUCAAGCAACGUUGGCAUGAGCGAGAUCUAUACCCUCUGCAUUCGAGUGUAUAGUAUAGAGCAGACUAGAUUACAAAAGUAGCGAAUGAUAUGAACGAUGA